AUGCACGGACAUGCGCAUCACAACCAUGAGCGCAAGGUGGAGGAACUGGAGCCACGCGGAGAUGUGGUGAUUGUCUACCAGACAAUGGACGCUGAUUUCACCGGACCUAUUGGUGGUUAUCGGACUGACAAUAAGGAAACGACGGAUGCCGAGACAGCGACACACAAGAACGUUGGUGUGGGCCCUGCUGUAGGUGCGACUGCGACGGCCACCAAGGAUACCACAACCGAGACCAAGGCGACCAAGGAGGCGACCACCACAUCUAAGGAGGAAGCAACUACGACCAAGGAGACUCAGGCCCAUACGACUCAAACUUCAGUGGAGACCACUGAAACCCCCGAAACCACCAAGGCGGAAACUACUGAGAAAACGGCCAAGCAAGCAUCGACCACCGAGUCCCAGAGUAGCGCAACCUCUUUUGUAACUUCGGCAUCCCCUACUGCGCAGACCAGCCAGGAGGUGAACGAUCUUCUGGCCGCAACUUCCACUGGAUCGGCCACUGAUUCGGCUGCCUCAUCCUCUCCGACUGCCAUCGGCAGUUCCACCACUGAUGCUGGCAUUUCCAGCGGUGCCAAAGCCGGCAUAGCCAUUGGGGUGAUAUUUGGCGUUGGUAUCAUCGCUGCGCUCAUCUUCUUCAUUGUUCGUAAGAAGAAGAGAGCCCAGGAUGGUUAUCAACAGGAAAACGAGAAGGCAUUUGGAGGUGAAGGCCUUCCCGAAGGAGGCCUCGCUGCUUCUCUGCCACCCCCUCCACCUGCAAAGCCUCAGACUCCCUCCACCCCUCCGGUACUCAAUGUUCGCCCUGUCACUCAAUUCGCUCCCGAUCUCAGCAGCGGUGGUGGUUUCAAUCCCGCUAGUGCUGUUGUUGCUGGUGCUGGUGCUGGCGCUGGCGUUGCAGCCGGCUCAGCAGCCAUUGCUUCUCGUAACCUCACUGGUGACUCGCCCCCUGCUACUCCUGCCAAGUCUGUUGAUAGCAGCCCCGAUCCUUUCAGCGACCCUGUGAAUCCUUUCGGUACUGCUGAUACCCCGGUCUCCGCUCACGCUCCCUCGAUGUCUGAGUCCAGCGCAGGACCCUCUGGAUCGACCAUGGCAGCUGCAGCUGUUGGUACUGCGGCAGCUGGCGCUGCUGCUAGCGUUGCGGCCGCUCAUCAGUCCAAGGAGGAACCUGCUCGUCCCACAACUGCUGAAUCGCGGGUCCGUUCGCCCACUGUUUCUUCUCGCUCCACGACAAGCCCUACCAAUGAUGCUUUUGCCGCUGCUGCCGCUCCUAAUGUCGAACUAGCAGGCGCCGCUGGAGCUGCUGGUCCCAACAAUGUUCACCGUGUGCAACUCGACUUCAAUCCGUCCAUGGAGGACGAGCUUGGUCUUCGUUCUGGUUCUCUCGUACGACUGCUUCAUGAAUACGACGAUGGAUGGGCUCUUUGUACCCGUCUCGAUCGCUCGCAACAAGGUGUGGCUCCUCGGUCUUGCUUGUCGGCCCGUCCUGUGAUGCCUCGCCCUCGUCCACCACCUGGCGCUCCUGGCUCGCGUGGCCCACCGAUCAUGGGCCCUGACGGUCGUCCGAUGGUUCCUCCCGGUCGAUUCUAUCCCCAAGAUGCUCGCCCCAGAUCUCCUUCUGGUCCUGCUUUCGCUGGUCCCCCUCCCCGCCCUUACCCGGGUCCUCAAAUGUCGCCUGUUCAGUUCCCCGCUGUUCCCCGUUCCAUGUCCCCUGGACCUGGUCGACCGGGUCCACGUGCGAUGAGCCCUGGUCCAGGAGGCAUGCCUGCUCCCCGUUCCAUGUCUCCUGGACCCGCCGGGAUGCCCGGCCCACGUUCCAUGUCUCCCGGUCCCGGUCGGCCUGGUCCCCGCUCAAUGAGCCCCGGCCCAUAUGGACGCCCCGGAAUGCAGCGCCCUCAGAUGCCCAUCAACCAACGCCAACGCAGCAACAGUGCCGGCAACAUGGCCCCUCCCAACAUUGUCGCAGCUGCCCCGCCUGUCUCUAGUCCACUCGCCGCUCCAGCUCCCGCCCCUACUGGCGAGCUUCCAGCUCUUCCAAGUUCCGCACCGAUGUCGCCCUCUAGCUCGGUCUCCCGCAAGCCCGUCCCCUCUCAGGACGCUUAG